AUGGGGGACGUGGUGCCACCAGGAGAGCAGCUGAGCGCGGAGGAAAGGAGCCGCCUCGUCAUUAAGGCGGACGCCGCCAGAGCUGAGCACAUGGAGUCCAUGAUGCACGGCGGGCCCGUGAAGGGCGGCACAGCAGCUGCAAUGCAGUCAGCGGCGGACAAGAACGUGCAGGCGGGGGUGGUGCCGCCCAUGGCGCAAGAGAAGGCUGCUGCUCGUGCUGAAGCCACGGGUGCAAGGGCGGCAGCACCGAGAAAAUGGGUGGAUUAG